CAUUACUGUAAAAUCCUCAGGAUUAUAGUUCAGUGGAAUACAGUAGAAUAUUACACUUCCAUCGGAAUGGCUGACAGGAUGUCUGGAGGAGAGGUGGCCUACACAGUGUUGGAGGUGCUGAUCGCUGUUGCCUGCUGUCUGGGCAAUGUGCUAGUGAUCUCGGCAGUGUGGUUGAGCAGCUCUCUACGGCAGCCCACCUUCUGCUUUAUGGUUUCUCUGGCUGUGGCAGACUUCCUUGUAGGUUCUGUGGCUGUGCCAGCGGCUAUACUGGUAGAUGGAAGAGUGAAGAUCUCGUUCAAUGUCUGUCUCUUCAUAAGCUGUGUGGAAAUUUUGUUGACAUUGGCUGUACUGUUUCUACUAGCCAUCUCUGUGGACCGAUAUCUACGAGUCUUCAUCCCUCUCAGGUACAAGAGGACAGUGACAGAGAGGAGAUCUUGGGUGAUGGUAGCAAUAUGUUGGUUUGUUGCCUUCAUGUUGAGCUUCCCACCCAUGUUUGGGUGGUACAACCGUGACACCUUGCGUCACUCAGGGAACUCAACCACCAUCAUCUGCCGUUUCCUGGCUGUGAUUCCCAUGUCAUACAUCGUAUACUUCAAUUUCUUCCUCUGCACCCUCACACCGUUGCUUAUCAUGGCUGUCCUGUACUGCUACAUCUUCUGUACGAUCCGGAAGAACCUGAAGGGGAGGACGGGUAGCGGUGCCCAGUCCCACACCUACUUCAGGAAGGAGAGGAGCCUUGCCCGAUCCCUGACUCUGGUCCUGGUGCUCUUCGCCUUUUGCUGGCUCCCUCUGCACUUCAUGAACUGUGUUGCCUACUUUGGUAACCCAUCAAACAUAACCCAACAGGCCUUCUAUGUGGGCAUCCUCCUCUCCCAUGGCAAUUCAGCUGUCAACCCGAUCGUUUAUGCCUUUAAGAUCCGCAAGAUCCAGGAAGCGUACCUGAGGAUAUGGAGGACGUUUGUGUGCCGAGGUGACAACCAGACCACUGAGAAGAACACCAGCAGUAACCCUAGGGUAGCCAGAAAUGACUGAUGGAAAGGGUCAUUGUAGGGAUGCAAAGCAAUUUAGAAUGUGGUCUAUAUCUCAUAUUUGUCUUUAUGCAUUGUAUUAUCAGUUUAAUAUAAGCAUGUGUAGAUCAGGUAGAGCUAAUGUCAAAGUAUUUUACUUUAGCGUUGGCAUAUCACAGUAAAUUCCAUUUCUUGCGAAUGAAACUGAUGGUGAAAAUAGAAAGAGUAGUGGGUGUUUAAUUUUGUUGAUGCAGUUCCUUUGUCUAAAUGCCACUUCCUCAAUCCAAAAGUUGUAAUUGUUACCUUCUGUAUGUAUACAGUGCUUUCCCAGAAUUGGAAAUAAGAUGUACUAUCUCAAUGAAGGAGUACUUCACUAAUGAACUUUUUUAGGAUUAUGGUUAUUUUCAACACAACCAUACACAACGUUCUAACACAACUUUUCCCACAAGUUUAUGUUUAAUGUAUUUUGUGGUGGUAAUGUCUUUAUACCAUCAGGUGACACAGAAAGUAUACAAAUAGGUCUCCAUCAAAUUCUUUCUUCAUCAAAAUAUACAUUUUCUGAGAUGAGGAAAUCCUCUCUGAAGUUAAGUUUUUAUUUCAAAAUGAUUUGUAAAAUACAUACUAUUACAUUUGUUAUAAUAUACAUAUGUUGAAGCUCAUGAUUAUAUUGUGUCUAUUGAUUAAUGUAUAUUAACUAGCAGUACAUCUUUACAGUUCCCCUGGUCUUGUCUAAGUACACUAGAUGGCAGUACGCAGUGGGAUAUGUAUUACAUUAUUGCAAUAUGGCAUAUUGCAAUAGAUGAACGCAUUGUGUUCCUACCAGAGUGAAACAAUGGCUGGAUAUACUCUAUCAGACCUCCACUGACCUUCGUAACCAUCGUGUAUUUUUCCAUUAGAGCUACAUACUUUCGGUUUCAUUCACAUACUGCAAACUAGGUAAUGCUUUAGUGUUCAAGUCAUUGUGAUACUUGUAGCAUUGCUGCGGUAGAUGUAGUUUCGUCCACGGUUGUG